AUGGAGCUAGAGCAGUCGUCGCCAGCCAGGACACAUGGAGCUUUCACGGUGGUAACGCUUGUGUACGCCGGAGUUGCUGUCUCAGGGUUCCUGAUGUUCGGCGAGUCCACCAUGUCACAGUUCACUCUCAACUUGCCACAGCAGUACAUCCCAUCCAAGAUUGCCAUUUGUUUGACGGUUGUGAAUCCUUACACAAAGUAUGCACUGACGAUGACGUCGGUCGCAUUGUCGAUAGAGGAAGCCCUACCAAAGAAGAUGCAGAGUUACCUGGUCGGAAUGCUCGUUAGGACAUUCCUCGUCCUCUCAACCGUUGCGGUGGCUCUGUUUUUCCCUUACUUUGCCCUGGUGAUGGCGCUGCUUGGAUCCGUGUUCACAAUGCUCGUGGCCUUGAUACUCCCAUGCGCAUGCUACCUCUCCAUCAAGAAGGGCGCAGUGCCCUUGUGGGAGGUAACCACCAACUAGAAACGCGCG